AGAGAGAGAGAGAGAGAGAGAGAGAGAGAGAGAAGCCCAAGCAAUGCUGAGUCUUUGCUCUGGACUGGAGGGGGGCAGCAGAAAAGCAAAAGCAAGCUUGAGCCUCUCCACUGGGGACUGUUAAAGGAGAAGGGAAGGAGAAGGAAAUGUUAGGACUCCUUUCUGGACUUUAGGCAAAGGAACGAAAAAAAAGAAGAACUAGACGAAGCAGGAAAGGGAAAGCAAAAGCAAUGCUGGUUUUCUGCUCAGGAGUAUAAAGAAGAGGGGAAAAAAAGAGAGCAAUGCUGAGUGUGGUGUCUGGACUGGGAAAACUUGGUCAACAUGGCCAAACCCUGGAGUGAGCCUGAGUGAGUUGGGGCUUUUUGCUCCAGUCUCCACUCCAACUUUUGGACACAUGCAUACUGGACCUCAAUGAUGUCUAUUUAUAAGGCUGAAUGAAAAUAGUUUGUAUAUGGGAAAAUUAUAGACAUAUUUGUCCCAAGAGUCCACAGCUUUACUGAGUCCUGGACGCCUCCUGCCUACAGGAAAUAAACGGAUCAGAGGUGUUCCUGGGCAAGAAAAACAGAAAAAAAUAUGCCAGCAGCAGAAAAUCUACAGUAACACAGAACAGCCAUCACGGAGUGUCGUGCUUGUUUUGCCACUCAUUGCCAAGACCUUAGAGGAGAACCCCAUCACGUGUCAUACCAUAAUUUUAACCAAGAAUGACAAGACAACGCCCGAGUCAUCAGUAACCACAUUCGACCCAGAGACACAGAGAUAGCUUUGCUGGGAUCUGGAUAGUCUGUGAAGUGAUUCCCACCAUCCAUCUCUCUCUCAAAAAAAAGUCACAGUCUUCGAGUGCAGCCCACCAGACCAUGAUGUUUCGUGACCAGGUGGGCGUCUUGGCCAGCUGGUUUAAAGGCUGGAAUGAGUGUGAGCAGACCGUGGCUCUGCUGUCACUGUUGAAGCGAGUGAGUCGGACCCAGGCUCGGUUCCUGCAGCUCUGUCUGGAGCAUUCGUUAGCCGAGUGCACCGAGCUGCACAUCCUCGAAGUGGAGGCCAACAACCCAGCGGUGAUUGGCCAGUGGCAGGCAGAGCCAAAAGAACGCCUCAUCUCGCUGGUCCUGACCCACCUGCCGCUUCUGAAGCCGGGCAAUGGUGAAGCCAAAAGCGAGUACAUGCGGCUACUUCCCAAAAUCCUCACGCACACCAUCGAGUUCGGGAGGCACCUCGAGGAGAGCCGGCAGCUGCUCUCGUAUGCUCUCAUCCACCCGGCCACAUCCUUGGAGGACCGGGCCGAUCUUGCUCUCUGGCUCAACCAUCUGGAGGAACGAGCAGCCAGCCGGAGUGCCGGAGGAGGUGGAGAUUCAUUGGAGCGAGUACCGUCUUCUCAUCAUCUCUACACCCAACAUCAGCGUUACGGCUCUGAUGAUCGUCUGAACGGCUGGCAGGGAUCUCGAGACUCGGGCAUUGCUACCUGGCACACGCAGCAGCAACAGCAGGGCUGUGAGAAUGGACACCUUCUUCUCUACCCAUCAUCAUCAGUCCCUUCUACUAUCAAUACAGUUGGCACAGGAAGUGGAAGCAACUCCAUCCUACAGUCUGCAGGUCAACACAGUCCUCUAAAGCGUUCCGUCUCUUUGACACCCCCGAUGAGCGGCUCGUCCAAUCAACCCCUGGGACACGGCUGGCUCUCGCAGGAGGACCUGCGUGGACGGGGAGCACCUUUGACCCCCGACCACGCCCCUCUGUCUCCUCAGAGCAGCGUGGCGUCGUCAGGGAGCGGCGGCAGCGAGCACCUAGAGGAUGGCUCAGGCCUGGGCAUUGCACUCCGGAGCUCAUUCAGCGAAGAGGGGAGCGGCAUGCGAGAUGUUCCAGCGUGGCUAAAGAGUCUGCGUCUGCACAAGUACGCCGGCCUUUUCUCCACAAUGACCUACGAGGAGAUGAUGUCGCUGUCCGAGCAGCAGCUGGAGGCACAGAGCGUUACAAAAGGGGCGCGGCACAAGAUCAUCAUUAGCAUCCAGAAACUGAAAGAGAGACAGAACAUGCUGCGGUCUUUGGAAAAGGAUGUGUUGGAAGGUGGGAAUCUGCGUUCUCCCUUGCAGGAGCUCCAUUAUAUCAUUGGGACUCCAAUUAAAGCGUUUAACAGAGCAGCUGAGUCUCUACAGCGCCCCCUACUGAGCGCUGAGGGAAAGAGCUCAGCCCCAGGAGUGUGUGUGAGCGGAGGGGAAGUUGAGAGCAGCACCACGCUCAUAGCCGAGGGGGACAUUCCUGCUCAGUUCACACGCGUCAUGGGCAAAGUGUGCACACAGCUGCUGGUGUCUCGGCCGGAUGAGGAGAACAUCAGCUCCUAUCUACAGCUCAUCAAUAAGUGUGAACUCCAUGAGGCGUUCACAGAGACGCAGAAGAAGAGAUUGUCGUCCUGGAGGCAGCAGGUGCAGAAACUAGUACGCUCGUUUCCACGGAAACCGAUCCUGGACAUAGCCGGAUACCGUCAGCCAAGGAGCAGCCGUGGUUUCGGGCAGUCCAACUCCCUUCCCAGCGCUGUGUGUGUGGGCAGCAGUGUGUGCUCCCGGAGGAACCUGCGCCAGUUCCCGAUGCCGUCGCGAAGUCUUCCUGCACCCCGGCUCGGCCUGCUGGGCACCACCGGCCUGCUCACACACACGCCACGCAGUUCCAACAACACACCCACCAACCUGAAGCAGGGCAGACAGGGUCUCUGGUUUGCUAACCCGGGCGGCAGUAACAGCAUGCCCAGUCGCACCCACAGCUCCGUGCAGAGGACACGCUCGCUCCCCGUCCACACCAACCCACACACCAUGGCCAUGUUCCAGCAAGCAGAUCUGCAGGUUCCUGUGACAGAGCCAGACAUCAAUAAUCGAUUGGAGUCUCUGUGCCGCAGUAUGACCGAGCACGCCCUGGAAGAUGGUGUCGAUCGCACGUCCACUAUCUGAAGGAGAGCAGGAUAAAGGAGGCCAAGCUAACCAUAAAUGAAAGAGAUGGUGGAGGGGAGGGCCCAUCUACGCGGCAUACACAACCGCUUUGUCCUUAAGCUCCACCCACUUGCUUAUCUAACCACCAAUGGAAGUUGAAGCAAUGGUUGGUGGGUGUGACCUACAUGCUACCAUUCACAUUCAUCUGAAACCUGCUGCAACUGACGAGCUUCCAUCAUCAUCAUCAUCGUUAUCAUCGUUACCAUGACUACUUUUUUUCAUUAGGUAUUGGAUAUUUUUUGGGAGAAAAUCGUACAGACGAUCAGAGAUACUGUACAAGCUUUGGUGUAGAGAUGUAAACCAAGGACGGAGAUAUCCACUUGACUUCCUUGAGGAUUGCGAAGCUGCCGAAAACCAAAAAAAAUACACCUGCCAAUAAUCCAGUGACGCGCUAAAAGCCAGGAGCUGACCGAAACUUGCAUGGAAGUUACCAAAUCAAGUCGUUUACACACAGCUAUCAGUUAUCAUCUCCAACAGCAACUUCCAGCACCAGUUUACAAGUCUUUUUUGCUUUUCUCAGAUUCUCAGAUUGGAAACAUCCUGGCCAAUCGGGAAACUGUUUGUUUUUUGUUUAAAAUCUAACAAAAAAAAAAGAGUAAUCUGAAGAGCGAGUUCAGGAAUGGUCAGAGAGGAGAAGAAGAAGAAAUGAAAGAAAGAAAGAGAGAGAGAGAGAGAGAGAGAGAGAGAGAACAGAGGGGAAAAGGAAGUGAUGUAAGCAUGCAGGAUGUGAGGUAGAACAAGUGGGGAAAGGAAUGUCAUAAAAGGUUUUGGACGUCAAAGGAAGUGGGCGAAGGCAUGUGGUAAGUCAGACUAAGGUGGAUGGCGUUAUGUUUGUGAAGGAAAAAUAAAUAGGGAAAAAUAGGAAAUCGGUAAGAAUUUCCUGCUUGAAAUAUCAUUUGCUGGGUAUCACAGGUUUGUUUGCGUUUGAAUGUUUUUGAAGAAUCACAGAUAGUGAGGGAUGUGUGAAAGGCUACACCGGACUGGGGCGUACUCAUUCCUGGCCUUACAAAUGUUCUCAGCAUGUAAAUAAAUACAUAGACAGGA